AUGGUCAACAGUCCUGCAUCGUACACUCAGGACACCAACGUCAACACCGACCAUGAGGACCUGACGCAAGAUUCUCAUCCGCCCGGACCGGGGCGGCAACCCCAACAUGUCGAUGACAACCAUGACUUCGAUGUGAGCAAUGCAGGCAAAAUCAACAAGAGUGAAAGCGAGGAACCAGCCAUACCGAACGCGACGAUACCUAGCUCCAGUAAACAGACGACAAAGGCCGAUGAAAUCAAAAUACACUGCUCAAACAACACAGUCACUUGGAGGGAUGAAGACGAUGAAGUGCACCAGACUGACCAUCUGGAUCUCGAGAUAAACAUCGAUACCACGGCCAACACAGCCUUUUUGCGGUUGUAUGGCGACGUCUUCAUCAAGUCCAGCAAGCCUCCCAAUAGGCGAGCUAUCUAUGUGUAUAUUCGCCCUGAGAUCAUCAAAUCCAUCACCUAUCAGAACGAGAACAAUGUACGAUCAUUGGGUUUCUCAUUGGGACUGGAACCUGACUUUGUUACGCCCAAGGACCCCAUUGUUGCCAAGCCCAAGAGCAAAGCUUUAUUGAAUUCGAUCGUGGCACUCUCUCAAGUGAAAAGUUUCACCGUCCGUCUCAACAGCUCCAAUACGACUCCAUCAGCCCAGUUGAAGAAAAUCGCUUCCAUUUUUUCGCCUCGCCCGAGCUGGAAUGCCGCGCUUGGUGAUCUCAGUGGGCUGUAUACUGGUAAAGGGGGCCAAAUGGCCAAUGCAAGCACAGCGGCUGCGAGCACUCAUGUGCAAGCAGAGUCCCCUCCGCCCUAUAUCCCUACAUCUAGUAACGACCGUGUCUCCAAAAAACGCAAACUUGAUAUACCCCAAGCUGAUGAAAACGGCUCUUCUACGAAGAACAGUGACAUGCCACCCAUUAACGCCAUUCUCAAUGACAUGGAAAAACGUAUCAUGCACAGCAUUAGACAGCUUGGAGAAAAGUUGCUUGAUGUGGACGCCGGCUCUAAUCAUUGCCGCUAUGGAACGGAAGAGAGAGAAGAAUUGCUAGAAGAAGUUGCAACGCGUGUUGAUGACGAACUAACGGAUCUAAGGAUCCAGUCAACUGAUGUGAUUGAAGAAGUUAAAGACGAGGUUGAUCGCAUGUUGAAUCAAGUAGAUGAUGACGCAAAGGAGAGGAUAGAGCUGCUAGAGAGCGAACUCGAAGGCAGGAUGAAGCAUAUAGCAGAAGAGGCGGCAGAAAAGUACGUGAAAGACACGCUACUGAAUGCGAGUUGGCGAAUGGAUGGCACCAUGUCCUUGCAGAGGCAAAUGUAG